CAGAGGAAGGUUUGGUUGAGAGCAGCUGUUGGUGUGUUCGACACUUUAGGGGCCGAGACCGGGGGGGGGCUGGAGCCGGAGCCGCCGCCGCCUCAGGAGCGUUGAGCCACUGGGAUACUGUUCCUGGGCUCAGAACCAAGCCAAGAGCUGGUCAGUGGCGCAAAGGUUCUCGGAUCCGCUGGGGCGCAGGGUGUGACCAGAAUCCAGGCCAUGACCAGCAGAGGAGCCGCCCGGCCGAAUGGUCAGUCCCAAGCGAGUAAAAUCUGUCAAUUUAAGCUGGUGCUGCUGGGCGAGUCCGCGGUGGGGAAGUCCAGUCUGGUGCUGCGCUUCGUCAAGGGUCAGUUCCACGAAUACCAGGAGAGCACCAUUGGGGCGGCGUUUCUCACACAGUCCGUCUGCCUGGAUGACACAACGGUCAAGUUUGAGAUCUGGGACACGGCUGGCCAGGAGCGAUAUCACAGUCUGGCCCCCAUGUAUUACCGGGGGGCACAAGCUGCCAUUGUGGUCUAUGACAUCACCAACCAGGAAACGUUUGCCCGAGCGAAGACAUGGGUGAAAGAGCUGCAGCGGCAAGCCAGCCCCAACAUUGUCAUAGCCCUCGCAGGCAACAAGGCCGACCUCGCCAACAAGCGCAUGGUAGAAUAUGAAGAGGCACAAGCUUAUGCAGAUGACAACAGCCUAUUGUUCAUGGAGACGUCGGCCAAGACCGCGAUGAAUGUUAACGAUCUCUUCCUGGCGAUAGCCAAGAAGCUGCCAAAGAGCGAGCCGCAGAGCACGGGUGGCGUGGCGGGACGGAGCCGAGGGGUGGACCUCCACGAGCAGACCCAGCAGAACAAGAGCCAGUGUUGUAGCAACUGAAGGGUGGCGGUCGAGAGCGAGGCCGGCGCGAGACGACGAGCUAAGAGAGACCCUCCAUUCCCACCCCCGUCCGCCACACUUCACCUCCCCUAACACCGGCUGAACCGAAGCCCUCCCGGCGCCUCUAACUGCACUUUUUAAUGCUUCAGAACCACCGCCAGACAUCUGUUCCCACCAGGCCAGUGACAGUGGAACCAGAUCGACCAGGGACUUAACUUCCAAAACACAAACUCUUCACUUUGUAUUAUAGGUGCAAAUCGCUACCUAAUUCUGAUUGAUUCCCCGUCUCCUUCUCCAGCUAACUCCUCCCUCCCACCCGCCCCCUCUUUGCUUUGGUGAAUCUGUGUUCUCGGUCCCGUCCCACCCGUCCUCUUCUACCGUCCCCCCCCUUAUUUAGUGCUGGGGGGAGGGGCCCAAAGGAGGUGGAAACGUAAUCCUUGUGGGUUUACUUUAUGAAGAAUAAGUUGAACGGGGACCUACAGAAAACACUGUUUUCUGAGGGUGUCUUUUGUGGGUUCACUCUUUAAUUUUUCUCCUGUUCUCUCCCCCCCCCCGCCCCUCAUCUAUUUCAAUGUUUGGGGUGGGGGGGGGAAGCUGCAGUGUCCUUAACUUCGUCCUGGGUGGCCUUUCUGGCAGGGGCUCGGCAGUGAUGGGGAACGGGGGGGAGUGCGGGGUUGGAAUCCUGUGCUCCAGCGGGAGGGCUGAUUCUGGCUAGUGCUGAUCGCUACGAAGCAAACACAGACAAUGACUCUUCAGUGGCUAAGUCUCAGUAGCAGGAAUAGAAUCGUGAAAUACGUUGCUAUGAAUAGCCAGUGCGAGCAGUGGCCAGCCCCCCUAAUCCCAUUGAUGGUGGUAACGCCAGGCCAAUGCACCCAGCAUCGUGUGCUGGGGGGAUUCCACGGCUGUGUGGCAGAUGGUCUCGUUCAUACUGACUUGGGUGGGUGUAAAACUCCAAAGUUCCUGCUGGGAUUCGUCUCCCGAGAGCUCCUGGCCUCUCGGGGGAGGGCUAAGCCGAGAGCUCCAUCAGCAGCCGCGUCAACUCUCUGGUUUGCACUUUCAUCUCCAGUCGGUCCCGUUGAGCUCAGCUCGCCUUGAGCCGCAUUCGGUUUUUAAGCUAUCUGGAGGGGGUCACCGCUCUGAGCUCUGCUAAGGGAACCCACCAAAGGUUUUAUCCUCCGGGCUCCAGUCCGCUCCUCUGUCGUGUGCGCUGCAGAGCCCCGGCUGUGUGCCGGGAAACGGGGCUCGCGUUGUCUGUUACCCUGCAGGCCAAGUGGCUAGCCAGGCUCACUUCAGAAUGGGGGUGUCCCCCUGUCGGGGGGGGGGCGCACUGAGCAGCAAACCUAGGGAGCUCCAGGCGGGACGUGGGGCUGGGAGUCUGUUAGAGACGAGGUGAAGGAGAGUGGGAGGCCAUGCAAAGGCAGAGGACCUGCCUUCCUUCCUGGCCUGGGGGAGGCAGCUGUCCUGUGUGCUGCCCCUUCCCCAUGCCCCGUCUAGCAGGGGCUGGAACCUGGGGGAGGUGGGGAGGAGUCUGGGACACUGGCAAGGGCUCGGCUCCCCCCAUGGAAGAGGAACACACGGGGUACCUUGAGGUCCCUGUCGGCUUCACCUGCAGGUUCUCCUUGCAUCAAAUCACAGGCCAGUCUGCGUCCUCUCCGGACGCUGUGGGGGUGUCACUGCUCACGGGGGGCGUCUUCUGCUUCUCAGCCCCACGCCUGCCCCAGCUGGCUCUGCUGGGGGGUCAGACAGGCACCCAGCCUGCCUGUGCACCGCCCCUGCCUAUGUAGUGUCUCAAACUCAGCUCCACGGCUGCGGGCCUGUGAAAUCCGAGCGCUCGCGUGCGAAGCAGCAGCAGCCGUUUUUACGUUGGCUGUCACCAGCGCUUGGUCCUGUGCGGCUGUCUGGGAAGCCCCCGGUGUAGUCCGGGAAUCGCUGAUCCUCGGAGCAGCACCCGCUGGAGCUGCUCGGAGCAGGAACCGGUUUCUUUCACAGGUUGCCUGUUCGGCUGGUCUCCCCUGCGGCUUAAUGGGCCGUAGCAGGUUCCAGAUGGGUCCUGGGGCCCUGCCCAGCUGCAGGGGGAAACCAGGGCCCGGAGUCUCUUGCUUCUGGUUCUGAGUCGCCCUUGGGUGUGUUGCCACCUGCCGAGGAUCCUGGCUGCACCAUUACCUCUGGUGCCAGCUGCUGGCUUUUCUUAGGUGCCGCGGAGGCUGCCAGGGCCCCAGGCUGCACUUUGCCUCUUGUGAGCCGGGGCGAAGGGAAUCUCGCACGUCCCCCUGCACCUGGUCUCUGCAUCAGCCGCCUGCGGCGCUGUCAGUCGUGGUUUGAAACUCAGGGCCCCUCUGUGCUGCUGCUGCUCUGACUGCCCCGGGCGGAGGGGAGCUCCUGGGCGUGUGUUGGGGUGGGAGGGUGGCUUUGAAGUGGGAUCUCUCCACGGGGGAGCUGUGGUGCCCUUCCCCAGCACUAGCCAAACUGCAGCCCCAACAUCUUCCAGGAAGCAGCUCCUAUUGUCUGGGUCAACCAGAGACAACUAGGCAGGGGAAGCACCAGGCCAGCCCGGGGGGAUGGGGGGUGGAAUUGCUCGGGAAGUGGCCGGGACACCCCGAGCCUGGGUCCAGAGUCCUCUGCUCUCCCCCGUGUCCACACCCCUCUUGCAGGAGUGGGGGUGGUUUUCUGGCUAAAUCCCUGGACCAAAUUGGGACACUGCAGCUGUUGAAAGCCCACCCCUGCCUCCCCAAUCCCGCUUGCCUUUUUUUCUGAUGAAUUUGUUUUGCUUUGAGAGAGCUCCUACAUCGCAUUUAAAAUAACAAUCAUGGUAACAGAACUCAGCUGCUGAUUUACCAAUGUAUUUAAUGUAAGUAAAAAAAAAAAAAAAUCAGUGUAUUAAAUGAAGCUGCUGUUUG